CCCAAUAAACUGUCACAUUCCCAGUCAUUCCCAAAAAAACAUCUGUUGAUUCAGUAAACCUCUCGCUGAAAAAUCUCAACCGAACUUUAUUACCAAAAACACGUAAAGAAUACUCUCCAACAGUAUUUCUCCACCAACAACCGCGGAAUUCUCCCAAACCCCCAUAAGCAAUGAAAAACCGUGGGACACAUAACCCCCAGUGACAACUGAGUGCUCCGUAAACACUGGAGGAAACAAUUCAAACCAAAUAUUGAAAUAAAUUAUCGAAAAUAAAAAGAAUGAAUAAUUGCUAAUUGAAGACUACCAACUCCCAAAAAGGCAACAAUUAACAGUAUUUAAUAACAAAAUAAUGAAUAUUACUGACGAGAAGUUGAAGUUUUCGCGUUGAAAAAAAUCUGAAUUAAUUCGGUGAUCCCAAAACCCCAAAAGUCCUGAAAAAAAAUCGACGAAUAAUUGAUGAAUAAUGGAUGUGAGUACAUUGUUCCGAGCAUGUGUGAAGACAGUGAGCCUCCGGAAGGAGGCUUUCUCGGAGGAGAUUCCCAGGCCGUCGUCCCGAAGACAAAAGCAAGAGUCGUUGUUCCGAGCGAAGACGAAGUCCCUCGUAGCGCAAAUCUCGCAGCUGCAGGAGUUUUUGCUGGAGAACAGAGCAGCUUACCUGAACCUAUCGAGGCACUUGGCCCUGAGUAACGGUAUGACGGACGCAGAGCGAGACGAGAUAGACAGCGGGGCGCAGGGGAUAAUGACGACGUGCUCUGGCCUGAUAAAAGACCUGGAGCGAGAGACGGCGCAGAUGGAGAUGAGCCACCAGAACCGCGAGCACCGGCUGACGAUGCUGGACCUGAUAAAGCACUACCUGGAGAAGGUCUGCAAGAUCUACUCGGAGCAGAGGGCGAUCCGCUACAAGAAGAUGAUGGAGUUGAAGAAGCUGUCGAAGCUGGAGCUGGAGACGACCUCCGAGGGCCUGCUGCAGCCCCAGAGGAAGGAAGUGGAGGCUGAGAAGAGGGACACCUCACCCUCCGCAGGGUCGAGUCCCCUGAAGGUCCAGGAGAUGAAUGGAGACGUGUCUCCGAUGGCCUACGAGGAGGAGCCCUCCGCCGAGGACAUCCAGAUGUUCGAGUCUGAGAAUGAACAGCUGUACAACGAGCUCAACACCAUCACUGAGGAGGUCAGACUCAUCGAGAGCAAGGUCGUACACAUUGCUGAACUCCAGGAGAUCUUCACUGAGAAGGUGCUCCAGCAGGACAGGGACCUCGAUAAACUCGUGACAACCGUUGUGGGAUCCACUGAGAAUGUCAAGGAUGCUAACGAACAGAUUCGACAGGCCAUCCAGAGGAAUGCCGGACUCAGAGUCUGGAUUCUAUUCUUUCUGCUCGUCAUGUCGUUUUCGUUGUUGUUUUUGGAUUGGUAUAAUCCUUGAGGAAGAUUGUUUUCUUGUAUUUUGUAGGGCGAGGGGAUGUUUUGUAAUUUAGGAUAAUAAAGAUACGUUUGUCUUUAA